GAGUCCAUGGAGCUGCGCCAUCUUGUCCUGGAGAUGGUGCACAACAACUACCUCCAGUUGAAGAACCAGGCUCUGCCGCCAUCUGCCAGUGCCGGUUUGACAUACAUCACAGAGGUGCUUCAAAGAACCAAAGGAGGGGAGACAAUCGCAAAAGACAGCAGGUUUCUGCUUCUUACAUCGAUGGAGUAUAUGCUGUUGGCACCGUCCCCUGCCCUGAAGCAGCUGUCCACCAACAUCACCAAGCACCUGCUGGAGGCAUGCAAGGAGAACCCAACUGUCUUACCCCUGGCUGAUCUUGUGCUGAUUGUACUGGGGUAUUUUGGGAAGUACCUGAAGCUCCAGACGGAGGGGUUUUUCCAGGUGCUGGGGAGGAUCGCGGAAGUUCACCCCGAGCUGCUGGCUCAGCUCAUCCCUGACAUAACAGGUGCUGUUCGAGACCUGGAGAAGAAGCGAGGAGUCGGAGUUGACACGUCUCUCAGGAAGCUGUACGUGGGUGUUCUAUCCAAGUUGGGGGAAGCUGGUGACGCAGAGAAGCAGAGGUUACAGCUGGACCACAUGUAGAAUGCACCAGCAGUAGAACAGCUAGACUGCUGACAGAACAGCGGCACCACACACUGAAUGGCUAUGCCACAUGUAGAACGUCAGGACCACAGACAGAACAUCUGGACUGCUGACAGACCCACAUGUAGACCAGGCGGAGGCAGUUGGAACCUACACAGACCACACAGAACAAUGGCAGCCACCACCAGCUCAACAAUAAUCACUCUCCUCAUACAUCAAGCUGACCGGCUGUGAUAGAAUGUUAUCCAAAUAUACAUACACCCCAUCUAUGAGACAUAAUUAUUGCUUACCUACAAUACAGGCAUGAGUAUAAAUGUUCCAUAAAAAAAACCUUAUUUAUUUGAGACAGACCCUUUCUUCUAAUGUGUGCUCCCUGGAAGGAGGAAAACGUCAUGAUGAAAAAGGGGGCUGGAGGAAGGAGUCCAAAAGUCGGGCAAAAUGACCACAAGACCCGUUUGGUCCCCUCGAAUGACAAGCAUGGGUUGCUGAAGACCAGUAAUAACCUGGAUCUUCAGUGGUGACCAUGGUUUAUGAGCUUGCCCUUGUGUGUUAUAGCCUUUAUUGAUGGUCAGUUACUAUGACUACAAGAACGUGGCACUGGGAACUGGCACCUGGAAGUGACUGAGAUGGCCCAGGAAGCAUGCCUGAUCAUAACAAAACUAAACUGACUUGGACAUGUUUUCUCUGAUGCUGGAGGGUGUUGACAGAAGAGAGGUGUUGUUUUGGAAUAAAUGUUUGGAUAACUAUAA